CCUUAACUAUCGAACUGCCACAGUAUGUAUAUAUAUAUAUAUAUAUGAGAGGACUCAUUGGGUUUCCAAUUCCAUCUUUCCUCAGCAGAUUCUCUUCCUUCCCCAACAACAGAAUUUCCAAUUCCCCCCCAAAACAAAAACAAAGCAAAAAUGGCGCUAAAAGUGCUGUCGGCGCUGGACACGGCCCGGACGCAGUACUACCACUUCAAGGCCACAAUAGUCGCCGGCAUGGGCCUCUUCAGCGACGCCUACAGCCUAUUCUGCAUCCCGCCAAUCACCAACAUGCUGGGCCGGAUCUACUACCCGCAUCCCCACCAUUCCUCCCAGCACCACCUCCCAACCAACAUCUCCCUCGCCAUGAUCGCCGCCUCCCUCCUCGGCGCCGCCGCCGGCCAGCUCGUCUUCGGCUGCCUCGGCGACCGCAUGGGCCGCCGCGGCGUCUACGGCCUCUCCCUCCUUAUCAUGGUCGCCGGAUCCCUCGCCUGCGGCUUCUCCGUUUGCACCACCCGCGGCUGCGUCCUCGGAAGCCUCGCCGUCUUCCGCUUCGCCCUCGGAGUCGGCAUCGGCGGCGACUACCCGCUCUCCGCCACCAUCAUGUCCGAGUUCGCCAACAGGAACACCCGGGGGGCCUUCAUCGCCGGGGUGUUUUCGAUGCAGGGGUUCGGGAUUCUGGCCAGCUCCAUGGUCACCGUCGUGGUUUGCAAGAUUUUUGCCGUGGGCAGCCGCGCCGGAGGAGGGUUGUCCGAUCAACACACGCCGGCCGGGGCUGACGUGGCGUGGAGGGUGAUUCUUAUGCUGGGUGCUGUUCCCGCGGCGCUCACCUAUUAUUGGCGGAUGUUGAUGCCGGAAACCGCCAGAUACACAGCACUAGUAGAGAACAAUGUGUUACAGGCAGCGCGUGACAUGGAGAAAAUCCUAGACCUCCCACUCAGCCAGAUACAAGAAGACAAGCCACUCGACGACGACGAAUUACCACAACCAACAACCAUGGAUUCCCCAGAAUACCCUUCCUCCACCUUCCCGCUCUUCUCGACCCGCUUCCUCCGCCGCCACGGCGUCGAGCUCUUCUCCUGCGCCGCCACGUGGUUCCUCCUCGACGUCGCCUUCUAUUCGAGCAACCUCUUCCAGUCCCAGAUCUACCAGCAGUACCUCGCCGUCGACGACUCCACCGACGUCUAUGAGGAGGCCAUCAAAGUCGCCGGCCUCCAAGCCCUCAUCGCCAUCUCCGCCACCAUCCCGGGGUACUACUUCACCGUCUUCUUCAUCGACCGCGUGGGCCGACGCAAGAUCCAGCUCAUGGGCUUCACCCUCAUGGGCUUUCUCUACUUGGGCCUCGGGAUUCCUUACUUCUUCUGGAGGAAGCACAAGCACGCGGGAUUCAUCAUCCUCUACGGCUUGACUUUUUUCUUUGCCAACUUCGGGCCCAACACGACGACGUUUAUUGUCCCCGCGGAGCUGUUCCCGGCAAGGCUGAGGUCGACGUGUCACGGGAUAUCCGGGGCGACGGGGAAGAUCGGGGCGGUGGUGGGAGCGGUGGGGAUACAGAGGGCGUGGGGGAGCAGCGGGGAGUAUAAUGAGGGUGAUCCGGAUAGUAAGCUGAAGCCGAUGAGGGCGGCGUUGGUGGUGCUUGGGGCCGUUUGUUUCUUGGGGACGGUGGUGACGUAUGCUUUCACGCCAGAGACGAUGAGAAGGUCGCUUGAGGAGAAUGAGAAGGAAAGGGAGACGGAAUCGGAUGGCCCGGGCGUUGCACUGUGAUUAUAGUUAGUAUAGGAUCUGAGGUUGAUGUAGUUUAUAUAUGUACUAGCACUAAGCCCGUGCUCCGCCGCAGGAUACUAAUUCAUUUCUAAUUUAAUCGUUGGUACGUGACAUAGAAUUGUUGUGGAUUCAACUCUGGUCCUAAUUUAUUGCCCGCGCUAGUGUAGUUAAUUUUGAUGUAACAAAUAUUUGUUCUUCCCUGGAUAAUCAUCCGUUCACAAUUGGUCCAUUCAAUUUUUUCUUUGAGUCACUUUGUUUUAUAAUUUGCUUGCAUUGUGGACUGUAAGUCUUAAUCGUGAUAUGACCCUAAUAAUUCUCCAGGUAGGUU